GCGGUGGGUGCGGCCUGCUGGAAAAAAAACAGGACUACGGCACUGAAGCUAGCAACGGCAGAGUCCGACACUGGCAAGACUGCGCACUAAGAAAUACAACAUCUGAGAAAGAGGAGAGCCUUUGCAGCACCAAAUCUUACCACCUAUAUCUGCAGGAAGCAGACAACUGUAGACUGCUUAGAAACUUGCUGCUCAAAGCUGGGGCAUGGCAGUUAAUGUGUAUUCCACCUCUAUGACCAUUGAGAACCUGAGCCGACAUGAAAUGCUGGCAUGGGUGAACGACUCGCUGCAUUUUAGCUACACCAAGGUCGAGCAGCUAUGUUCAGGUGCGGCAUACUGCCAGUUCAUGGACAUGCUUUUUCCCGGUUCUGUACACCUGAAGAAAGUCAGAUUCCAAGCCAAACUGGAACACGAGUACAUACACAACUUCAAAGUGCUGCAGGCAGCCUUUAAGAAAAUGAGCAUUGAUAAAAUAAUUCCAGUAGAAAGAUUAGUGAAAGGGAAGUUCCAGGACAACUUUGAGUUUGUGCAAUGGUUUAAGAAGCUCUUCGACGCAAACUACGACGGGAAGGACUAUGACCCUUUGCAGGCCAGGCAUAGCCAGGAGGUGGUGGCUCCACACAAUCCAGUGCCACAGAGGACAUCCCCAACUGUGCCCAAGAUUGUGCCAGCACCUCAGAGGGUGCCCCACACAACGCCCUUCAUGGGUGGCGGCAGAAAAAACACGCCUGUUGGCCGGAACGGUGGCAGCGAUGCAGAUGCACAGAUCAUGGAACUCAACCAACAGUUAAUGGAACUUAAAUUGACAGUAGAUGGGCUGGAGAAGGAGAGGGAUUUCUACUUCAGUAAACUGCGGGACAUUGAGCUGAUCUGCCAGGAACAUGAAAGUGAAAACAAUCAAGUCAUCUCCAAGAUUAUAGAGAUUCUCUAUGCUACAGAGAAUACCACAGUUGAUGGGUAAAUCCCCUAGUGUGCAGCAGACGUUGCGAUGGCUUCGCAUCUCCAGAAGAUGACAAAGUUGACGGACAACAGCAUGAGGACCAGGAUGAAUACUGAACCCAAUUUUGCCCCCCCCCCCC